AUGUUGGGAGAAGUUAUGGUCGCACAAGACCCAACAUCAAUCGCGCAUGGCGACGAUCUACUUUCCAUUCGCGAAAUGCCCGGAGAAACAACUGAUAUGCCAUCAGCAGAAGAAACGAAGAAACCCGAUACCAAGCCGAACGGCACAUCUUCUAAUGGACCACAACCGAAGACAGACAAACCACGGCCACACGGGUGCACUACUUGUGGUCGCUCGUUUGCUCGCCUCGAACAUCUCAAGCGCCAUGAACGGUCUCAUACAAAGGAAAAGCCAUUCGAAUGCCCGGAAUGCUCCCGUUGUUUUGCACGCCGCGACUUGUUGCUGCGACAUCAACAGAAACUGCACAUGACUGCUGCGCCUUCUCGCCCACGAAAUGCGCGUCGCGAGAGCACCGGCACUGCAGGGUCUGGGACGAAUCGAGUCCGGAAGAAUUCUGUCGCUGGCGGCACAUCAACUAGCAUGCGGCCGAGGGCGAACACUAUUAGCCAUAUCGAUAACGGGGCUUUAGGUGUGAUCAACGCCGCUAAUGCAAAUGUCACAAGGCCAGCACUUCAAUCGGGUCACUCGUUUCAUUCAAGUCUAAGCUCAGCACCUGGCGUUCCAAACUUCGAGACUCGUGGGUACUCCUCUGUGCAUCUGCCAGCGAACGGCCUGCCGAAGUUAGAGACUAGUGGGAUACCUGUGGAUCUCACUGGUGGACUCAGAACGGCACCUGUUUACGGUAGUUUUGACCUUAGUCUUGGUGAUAACUUCUUCGGGGGAGGAGGGGGAAGCACGAUCAACCCGGCUCAACUUCAUUUCGGGAACUCGCCACAAUUUGGUCAUGAUAUCCCCCCAUCCCCUUUCCAUCAGAACUUCCAUCCGCUAGCUUCCGUUCCGGAUACAAUGCUAGAUGAAGAGAACAAUUUCGACUGGGUCAAUGGGUUUGAUGCCACCCUUCCAUUAGGCCCCGUGAGUGAUUCAGCCAUUGAGGAGUCAUCUCCGUCUGCAAUGAGCACCGAGUCCCAAAGUCGCACCAGUGACCCCAUGCUUGAAGCUUCAGCUCAAAUUGCUUCACCUAACGGCUGGCAAACGCAAUUUGCCACGUCGCAAUCAGCACCAUUUGCAAUGGACUUUUCUUCUCCGUUCCAAGAACUGGGUUUUCCUGCGACCGUGGACACGAUCUCUCCCAAGUCCUUGAUGACUCCAAUUCAGUUCACAGACCCGUUUGCGCCUAACCAGCCCGUGACUCCAGUGAGCCAAUCGAUGGUGGGAAACCAUUCGCAGAGUAUGUUUUCAUCUUCCAUGGUAGCGGACCGUGAAUCUCCUAAUCCUUUCAACGUGCCUUUCGCCAGUAGUCCCUUACCAACUUCCAUUCCCACAACAGCGCCAGACGCAUUUUCAGACAGAGCCAAUAGGCCGACAUCAUUAACCGGCAUACCGCAAUCCAGUGGAACGUUACGUCGAGAGUCUUCUCAACUCAGCAACGGAACAUCUUACAAUCGUGAUACUGCGUCUCGCCCCAGUGCUGGCCUCAAUGGCUCCUACUUUCUACCAAACUCUUUCGACUUGCAGCGGUAUAUCCAGGCGUACAUCAAUUACUUCCAUCCACAUCUCCCGUUCCUUCACAUUCCUACUCUUGAUCUUCAGAAUUCCGAUCUCACCAAUAAUCUACGUACCGCGAGUGGCCACCUCAACCUUAGUUCAACGGGUGUUGCCGGGGGUGGCGGUUGUCUCCUUCUGUCCAUGGCUGCAAUGGGAGCUCUGUACGAAUACGACAUGGCCGUGUCCAAGGAUCUUUUUGAAUCGGCAAAGAAGAUGAUUCAACUAUACUUGGAAGAGAGACGCAAGGCCGACAUGUCAGCCGCUCUCAGUCGGAAUCAUUCAAGCCGUGACAAUCCCGUUCAUAACACGCCAUUAUGGCUGGUUCAGGCUAUGCUAUUGAACGUUAUCUAUGGCCACACCUGUGGUGACAAGACCUCCGCAGAUAUUGCUAGUACGCACUGUGCUGCUUUGGUGAGCCUUGCACGCGCAGCUGAGUUGACGCGCCAUGUCAAUGCAGAGCAACUUCCUCAGGACUAUCUCAACAGCGGUAACAAGCAAAGCAAUGGGAGCCCUGAUAGUGGUGUGUCGGAGCAGAAUUCGCAAGCGCCAAACCCGCCUAAGGAACGAAAAGACUGGUUGGACUGGAAGAUUGUAGAGGAGCGAAAACGAACGCUUUUUGCCAUCUUUACAUUGUCUAGUCUACUCGUCUCUGCUUACAACCAUGCACCCACAUUGACGAAUUCUGAGAUCCGCCUUGAUCUCCCGUGCGAAGAGGACCUUUGGGCUGCAGAAUCCCCCCAAGCGUGGAGGAAAAUGGGUGGCGCAACAGCGUCAAAGAAGGGGAUUUCAUUUUCUUCGGCUUUGGCUUUACUCCUUACCGCAAGCCAGCGAGCCAAAUUUGUAAAUCAGCCUAGUCAGGCCUUUGGGUCCACCCUCCGAGUGGAAGACCUACCUCAGAGUGAUUUGAAGCCUAGCACCUUUGGGUGUUUAGUCCUCAUUCACGCAUUGCACAAUUACAUUUGGGAAACACGUCAAAGGCACAUGGGACGCCAGUGGACAUCACAAGAGACUGAUGCUAUGCAAGCACAUAUCGAGCCGGCUUUACGUUCUUGGCAAGCAGCUUGGGCCAGCAAUCCAUUGCACAGUCUAGAACGUCCAAAUCCGUACGGAGCUGGGCCGCUAUCUGCUGACAGUAUUCCAUUGCUGGAUCUAGCCUACGUUAGGUUGUUUGUUAAUUUAGGUCGCUCGAAGGAAGCAUUUUGGGAACGCGACUGGAAUGCAAUGUCAGAUGAACUCGCUCGUGGUGCGGAGAUCAUCCAACAUGCCGACGAUGGUGGAAUCGACACAUACAGUUCAGGAAACAUUGAUCUGCUACGAAGAGACUCUAUCGCCGAUCUUGGUGUUGGGGAACUUCGUCUGUCUGCUCAAUUGAACCAGGAACAAUCUUCCUCUCAUCUGUCACGACGGUAUAGGCCAAAUCAAUCGAAGCGGGAACGUCAUUUGCGGAAAGCCGCAUUUUAUGCAGCCGACUCGCUAUGUAUGUCAGAUCGCUUAGGAAACACGUUUGCCGAAUGGACUUCACGCGAAUUACCCUUGCAGUGCGCAAUGUGUUCAUUCGAUUGCGCCCAAGUUCUAGCUGAGUGGAUUGCGACCGUUCAAGAACGUGUUGGACCGUACAUGGGGGUUCUUGGACGUGACGAGGUCGAUUUCAGUCAAGUUCCUGGAAUUAUGCUAUUAGAAGAAGAGGACUGCAAACUGAUUGAUAAAAUCAAGGAGAUCCUGGGAAGCAGUGAGGCAAAGUUACAGCGAGAGGCUCAGAAUGCCGGCAGUUCUCCAGCAUUCAACAUACUUCAACGUCUACCCAGUGCAAUUGAAGGUGGUUACGGUAGUAAGGUUUUGAUGACUACAGCCUAUCUUCUUGAUCGCGCUGCAGUUUGGCCAAUUACGAAACUAAUGGCUCGGUCCUUGGAAACACAAGCCUCGCGGAUGAAGGAACGCGCAGAGAAUUCUGUGAUGAUUGAAAACUGAGUCUUUUUUUCUUUUACUACAUCACGACCGUUCAAUAUCACUACGACUGCAUUAUACAAAACAUACCUGCUUUUCUUGUUCUCACUUAUGAUCCGUUCUCCUUGGAACGCCCCUAUAUUGGAUUAUCUUCAUCGAUACGAUACCCAUAGACGGAUGAUGCUGACACGAGACCAAGAUACACUAUUGGCCGAGCAAAACACGGAUUCGAAUUCAGCAUCAUAUAUUUUGGACUUUUCUUCUGGUUUCAUAUCCUUCCUUGUGUGUGCACGUAUAUACUUGAAAAAAUCUUACUUGCUAUUCUAGUCAUUCUGUCGGUGCCUUGCCUUUAUUGAACUUUCUAUUUCACGGGAGGAUGUACAAAUUGGAGCCGAUCUUGCACGUUUUCAUGUUCUCCUAUAUAUGAGUUUGGAAGGGAACAUCUUCAUCUUGCCAUUUGGUUUGCAUUUGUGGUGUAUUUCGUGGUUAAUCUAUAUAUGUCUGAGAUCUUGCA